UCACAUUCUCAGCACUUUAGGUCGAUCCACUUUGCACACGCAGCCGAAACAAGUGAUUAGCAAUGGACGUCGAUCAGAGUAAUAAUGUGGUGGUUGAAUCCAAGAACGAGAAAGAUCUGAAUGACUGGCUUCCCGUCACGUCGUCCAGGAAAGGGAAGUGGUGGUAUUCUGCCUUCCACAACAUUACGGCUAUGGUUGGUGCCGGCGUUCUCGGCCUCCCCUACGCUAUGUCUGAACUCGGAUGGGGUCCAGGAGUUACAGUGAUGGUACUAUCGUGGAUCAUCACGCUCUACACGUUAUGGCAAAUGGUGGAGAUGCAUGAGGCGGUGGCGGGGAAGAGGUUCGACCGGUACCACGAGCUGGGGCAGCACGCGUUCGGGGAGAAGCUGGGGCUGUGGCUGGUGGUGCCGCAGCAGCUGAUGGUGGAAGUAGGCGUCAACAUAGUGUACAUGGUCACCGGCGGCAAAUCCCUCAAGAAAAUCCACGACAUGCUCCGCCCCCACCAACCCAUGAGGCUCUCCUACUUCACCGUCAUCUUUGGCUCUGUCCACUUUUUCCUCUCUCAUCUUCCCAACUUCAACUCCAUCACCGUCAUUUCUCUUGCUGCUGCAGUCAUGUCCAUCAGUUACUCCACCAUAGGAUGGGUGGCCUCUUUGCACAAAGGGAUUUCACCGGAAGUAACGUACUUGCCCAGGGCAUCAACCAGCUCAGGAAGAGUGUUUGAAUUUCUAAGUGCAUUAGGAGAUGUGGCUUUUGCCUUUGCUGGUCACAAUGUUGUCUUGGAAAUUCAGGCAACCAUUCCUUCCACUCCUGAAAACCCCUCCAAGAAGCCCAUGUGGAAAGGUGUCGUCAUCGCUUAUAUCGUCGUCGCCCUCUGCUACUUCCCUGUCGCCUUCGUCGGCUAUGCUAUUUUUGGAAACACGGUCGACGACAAUAUUCUUAUGUCGCUCCAGAAACCGGCCUGGCUUAUCAUUGCGGCCAACAUGUUCGUAGUCGUCCAUGUCAUUGGCAGCUAUCAGGUGUUCGCAAUGCCAGUGUUUGACAUGGUGGAAUCGUACUUAGUAAAGCAGAUGAAAUUCAAGCCUUCUCGAUUACUUCGUAUAGUUACACGUACCUCUUAUGUUGCUCUGACGAUGCUGCUGGGAGUUUCAUUCCCUUUCUUCGGCGGACUUCUCAGCUUCUUUGGAGGUUUUGCCUUUGCUCCCACUUCAUACUAUCUCCCUUGUAUAAUGUGGCUCGCGAUCCACAAACCUAGAAGAUUUAGCUUGUCCUGGUUUGCCAAUUGGACAUGCAUUGUGCUGGGUGUCCUGCUGAUGGUUUUGGCGCCUAUUGGUGCACUGAGGCAGAUCAUAUUGCAAGCUAGAGGCUACAAAUUCUUCUCUUGAUUUAAUAGGAGACUGAUCACCACCACUAAUACUUUGGUAUAUAUAUAGGUUUUUUCUUUUUUUUUUCUUUAUAUUAAUUAAUAAAUAAUUACUAUCCGUGUCGUGGGUAAUUAAGUCUAGACUUCUUACUUGUACAGACUUGUCACGAAGUA